CGGCGCGAGAAAAAGAUCAGUCAGUGGCAUACCAGAAGCUUAGUUUCUAUUAUUUCUUCGGCUUCGGAGUUCUCUCGUGCUUCGAUUUGCCAUGAGAGCAGCGGUUCUGAUCCGGACCAGCUCGGUCCCGGCCCGGCCCCAACUCGUCGCCGAUCAGGACUCCGGCGCAGGGGUCUCCUUCCUCCGGCGGAGCCUCAGCGCCAGGUUCUACCCCCGCUCGGCCGCUCUGCACGUCGACGUAAAGGAGAGGAGGGAGUCCCCUUCAUAUCUCCACCGGCGGGCGAGAUCGGAGGCGGAUCUCACCGGAUCAGACUGUCCGAUCCCUAUCAUGCCGCGAUCGCCGCUCCCGGAGGAGAAGCUGUUGGAUCGGAAAGGAAGGGGGUUAGACUUUGGAGCGAUCGGCACGGAGGCAGCGGUGGCGGCAGCGGUGCCGGAAGAGGAGGAGGAAGUGGUGGUGGAGUAUUCGGGCGGUGGAGUAGGGAAGGGGAGCAAGAUAGGAGGCGGGGGCGCCAGCGGUGGCAGAGGAAGUGAGGAGGGUGACCAGAGCGAGAACCGGAGGAUCGGCGACUACUACCAGGAGAUGCUCAGGGCCGAUCCUGGGAAUCCACUCCUCCUGCAGAAUUACGGAAGGUUCCUGCACGAGGUGGAGGGAGACGCGAAGAGGGCGGAGGAGUACUACGGGCGGGCGAUACUGGCGAGCCCGGGGGACGGGGAGGUGCUGUCGCUCUACGGGAAGCUGGUGUGGGAGACGCACAGGGACGGGGAGAGAGCCGAAACUUACUUCGAGCGAGCCGUCGAGGCCUCGCCUGACGACUGCUACGUGCUGGGGUCGUAUGCGAAGUUCCUGUGGGACGCGGAGGAGGAAGCAGACGAGGAUGAUGGUGAGAGGGGAGCGAUCCCACCGUUGGUGGAAGCUUUCUGAUCUGAUCUUAUCUUGAUGGACGUCCGUUAAUCUGACCGUAGAUUACCGUUUCUCAUGCGCGAUGCAUGUAUCAUAUAUCAUGUGCAGUCUGUAAAUAGUGACGAGAUUUUUAUUAGAGUGAGUAAUUAAUGAAUAAAGCAAAGCAGCCGGAAUAAUAACAGGAACAAGGGAUGAAGCAGUAGAAGGACGGAAGAGGGCUAUUGAUGUGUAUGGCAACUUUAUUGUGCUGCCCAGGGGAGUGAGUGGGAGUGGGGACGGUAUUUGUUGCUGCUUCGUUUUGUCUUCUUUCUUCUCUCUUUUUCAAGUAAUUUUUAAAGUAAAAGUUUGUGAAAAAGAAGGAAAACAA